CUAUUCACUAUUUCCUUUUUCAUUUUUAAUUUUUAUUAUCCUUUUCUUUAAGCCCCAGUAAUUGUCUUCCUUCCAAUACAUUGCUUCUUCUUCUUCUUCUUCUUCUCCUUCCUGAGGAGGAAAGGUGAUGUUGCAGGGACCUCCGGGAUUAAUUGGAAACUCCGGCGAUGUCGCCACUCCGGCACAGCCGCCACAACAACCAGUACAAGCUCAUGGAAGUGUUGCAGUUGAAUUAGGCGGUGGGUUUAGCGAAGAAGAAACUGGAGGAAGAAUCGAAGGUGAACGGAGUGGAAACGGAUGGCCGAGGAAGGAAACAUUGGCGCUGAUUGAAAUCCGGUCGAAAAUGGAUUUCGCUUUUCGUGAUGCGAGUGCCAAAGGUCCAUUAUGGGAUGAAGUUUCAAGAAAACUUGGAGAGCUCGGGUAUCAUCGAAGUGGGAAGAAAUGCAAGGAGAAAUUCGAAAACGUCUACAAAUAUCACAAGAGAACCAAAGAAGGUCGCACCUCCAAAGCCGACGGAAAAACCUAUCGAUUCUUCGAUCAAUUAGAGGCUCUCGAAGCAAAUACACAAAGACCACCGGCCGGAAUGACAACCACCACCACUCAACAUCCAUUCUCACAGCCGUCUAUUGUAAUUCCUUUCAACGUCACUGGAUCUCAUUCUCAUCAGACAAACGUCAGUCCUAUCUCCGUUGCAGCACCAGCGAUGGUUAAUCACGGUGGUACCGGUAGCGGUGCAGGUGCCUUUCCGUUUUCGUCUUCGAACACCACGUCUUCAUCUACUUCUUCCGACGAGGAGCCGCCGGAACUCAGGAGGAAGAGGAAGAGGAAGUGGAAGGAUUUCUUUGGGAGGAGAGAUCCAUCGCCGCCGCUAAAGACGCCGCCGUCAUCACAUUCUUACAGAAGAUAA